UAUCUUUCUCUCUCUCUCUCUCUCUAAAAUCAUCUCUAUAUGUACGCGCGAUCAUCUCCCUCAUUUCUGCAGCCGCGUGUACUUCAAUUCGCGUACCCUUUCUUCUUCACUUCCUCUAUGCUCUCUGCUCUUUGCAGUUCCUCUCCUCAAUAACCUGUCUCGGCUUUGGAUUUCGCCAUCCCCGCCAUUGAAGCUCUGCUGCAAUAGAUUCCUAUAAUAUCAAGACCCGCAACGGAGAACAAUGGCUUCUACCAGCACCCAAUUGCAGAACGGAGCUUCUCUCCCUUUUGGGUCUAGUUUUUGGAAAUACGACGUCUUCUUGAGCUUCAGAGUCGAAGACACCCGAAACAGCAUCGUUGACCAUCUCUAUUCGGCUUUGCAUGAGAAGGUCAUUUUCACGUUCAAGGAUGAUCAGAGGCUCGAGAGAGGUGAAUCGAUUUCUCCGACGCUCCUGAAAGACAUCGAAGAGUCGAGAUUUGCCGUGGUUAUUUUCUCCGAGAACUACGCUUCUUCCAAGUUGUGCUUGGAGGAACUCGUUUACAUCCUCGAGUGCCAGAAGACGAGGGGUCUCACAGUUUUGCCAGUGUUCUAUAAAGUAAAUCCCUCGGAUUUACGGAAACAAAGUGGAAGCGUUGGAGAAGCAUUCGCCAAACACGAGCGAUAUUUCAGCGAAGAGAAGGAGAAGGAUAAGAAGGAGAAGGUGCAGAGAUGGAGGAAUGCACUAACGGAAGCAGCCAACAUUUCUGGGUGGGAUUCAGAAACACAUAGGGCUGAAGCAAAACUUGUCCGAGACAUUGCCAUUAAUAUUCUAAAUAGACUGGGAUAUAAUGAUUCAAGCAUUCUUGAAGAUGUUGUUGGAUUGCAUCCUCGUAUAGCAGAAGUGAUGUCACUAUUAGAAAUAGCGUUGGAUUUGGAUGAUCCAUGUAUAGUAGGGAUAUGUGGAAUGGGUGGUAUAGGAAAGACUACUAUUGCCAAGGCUAUUUAUCACCAAAUUCAUUCUGUGUUUGAUGGUAGCAGCUACCUUGCAAAUGUCAGAGAAACUUCUGAGAAACAUGGUUUGGAGUCAUUGCAAAAAUCUCUUCUAGCUGAUAUACGCUCAGUCUCCGACAGUGAAAUAAAAAUAACAGGUAUUGAUUUGCCUGGGACAUUAAGGAAUGCUGUAAGGAAUAAGAGGGUUCUUGUAGUCCUGGAUGAUGUAGACCAUUUAAAUCAGCUGGAUGCCCUUGUUGGAAGACUUGAUUGGUUUGGUCGAGGAAGCAGAAUUAUAAUAACGACCAGAAACAGUCAUUUACUUGCCAAAUAUGGUCCAGGAAGUCGUGUCUACAACGUUGAGAGACUAAAUGACGAGGAAGCUUUUAAACUAUUUUGUUGUAAAGCAUUUCGGAAUAACCAACCAACACAAGGUUAUGAGGGACUCACAAGCAGUGUAAUUCGUUGCGCAGGUGGAGUUCCAUUAGCUCUCCUAGUUUUGGGCUCUCUUCUCUUUGGCAGAAGCAUAAUUGAAUGGCGAAAUGCAAUUGAUAGAUUAAGGCAACGACCCAAUACAGAAAUUCAGGAAGUGCUCAAAUUAAGCUAUGACGAAUUGGAACAUGAAGAGAAGGAAAUUUUUCUUGACAUUGCAUGCUUCUUUAACUGGGAGAGCAAAGAUUAUGUAAUAGAAAUACUGGAUGCUUGUGGGGUCCAUGCUGAUAUUGGAAUAAGGCUUCUUGAAGAGAAGGCACUUGUAACAAUAAGAGACAAUAAGAUAUACAUGCAUGAUCUGAUACGAGAAAUGGGACGAAAUGUAGUUUAUGAAGAAUCCCCAAAAGAGCCUGGUGAAAGAAGCAGACUCUGGAAGCGCGAAGAUAUCUUUCAUACCCAAAAGAAAAAAAAAGAAAAAAAAACAAUAAGUGUAAGGGCUCUCGUAUGGGAAUGUGUUAUUUGUUAAUUAUCUUAUUUUAUAUUUUUGUUUUUAGUCUCA